AUGGAUGGUGGGAUCCAGACCCUGGAGCUUGGGGAGGCCGAUGCCAGCUGGGAGCUCAUCAGGGACAAGGUGAUUGAGGAGCGCUUCGGGCCAACGGUGGUGCCGGUCCCCUUCCUGGAAGACGCAGCCUCCUACGACCUGCUGACCGUCCUGAUCAAGAAGCCCCAGCUGGGCCAGAGCCUCCUGCGCCGGCCGCGGUGCCUGGUGCCUGUCGGGCCCCUGGAGAACCUGCUGGACGGAGCCACGGCCGCCCGGGAGCUGACCCACUGCACCCGCGAGUACAACGCCCGGGUGCGGGGGGAGUCCCGCUACGAGGAGACGCGGCUGGUGGACGGGGCCCUGCGGCACAUCCACCUGACCAUGGCCGGCGUCCACAAGAAGGUGGCCUUCCUGGUGCUGCGGCCCGGAGCGGUGGCCCUGCGCCCGGACCUGCCCUGGCUGCGGGGACAGAGCAGCCUCUACGUGAUCUACGAGGUCUUCUACUGCAGCAGCCUCAGCCUGGCCGUGGCCCAGGGGGCCGAGCACCGUGCCCUGCAGCUGGAGCGGCCCCUCCCCGUGGCCUUCUCCUGCCUCAAGUUCGCCCUCAGCAGCAAGGGGGUGCUGGGCUCCCAGAAGCCCAUGGGCCACAGCCUCCCCGCCAAGGCCGCCUGGGUGAGGAUGGCCGUCCUGGAGGCCCCCGCCCUGCCGCUGCAGCAGCUGCCCCUGCCCAAAGAGGGCGCCGGUGGGCGCAGGCGAUGGAGGCCCCUGGGCAGGCCCUCCCGCACCCUGGCAGGAAAGUGGCCCUUCAAGCGGCAGCGGCCCCGGCUGGGCACCUCCAGCACCAGCCUGGGAGACCCGGACAAGCACUCCAUGGCCCUGCCCCUCCUGGGGGGCACCACGGCCGAGAGCGACACGGAAGAGUGA